ACCCCAUUACACUUCUUCACAACAAAGCUCAUAAACCCACCGCAGCCACCUCUCUCUCUCUCUCUCUCUCUAUGGAGGAGAAUGGUACUAAAGACCCAAGAACUCUAACCACAUUUCACAGAAGAGAGAGAAUAUUUACCCACCACCACAACCAGAAGAGCAAGUGUGAGAUGGGUAAUGCAGGAGGAGGAGGAGCUGCUUAUGAAUCAUUGGCCAGUGGCCGCCGUGUUAGGGGGCGGAGAACCACCACCACCACCACCACCACCACCACCCGAAAAAAGAGAAGAGAUGAUGUGAAGAUUUUGAAGGAAUCAAGGAGUAAUAGUAGUAAUACUAGUGGUGGUGGUGAUGAUGAUGAAGAAGAAGAAGAAGAUGAGAAAGCAGAGGUAGAGAGGAAGAUCAUGGCAUUGCAGAGGAUUGUCCCAGGAGCUGACUCACUUGUUGGCAUUGACACACUCUUUGAUCAGACUGCUUCUUACAUACUCGCAUUGCAGUCUCAACUCAACUCCAUGAGGCUUCUUGCUACUUUCUUUGAAGCUUUGGAUAAUGGCCAGAGAAAACUUGGAGGGUAAUGAUUUUCAUCAUCAAUUUAUGGGUCCAGUGUAGUUUACUUGCACAAAAAUCAAUCACACAAUUGGACGCAACUAUCUUAUAUGAUUGUGAAAUUCCACAAAAAUGUCAAAUUUACCUUGUGUGAAA